GCCACGCAGUGAGUCAGUCAGGCUGCUGGCACAGAAAAAGGCUGCGCCGACUUCUUCGUUUCUUUAGUCUUCACUCCUUUGCUAAGUAAAACAGUUCACUUGGAUAUAAAAACAAAGAAAGAAAAGAACAAAAACAACAUUUUUCGACGCGAACUCCGCCCGAUGUGAAAAGGAAAGAGGGGAAAAGAAGAGAAAAAAGAAGAGAAAUGGGAGCGUUCAGGGUGCUGCUUGGGAGUUUACAUUACAUGGGACUCUAUAUGCAACUUAGUGUCUGCACAAGGCAAACUGGACACCGCGAGAUCGAGAACCACAUCUCUGGGAACGCCAUGUUCACAGAGGUGCCCCACGACAUGACUGCCCAAAGAGGUCAGGAUGUGGAGAUGGCUUGCUCCUUCAGAGGAGCUGGAACACCAUCCUAUUCACUGGAGAUCCAGUGGUGGUACAUUAGGAACCAUCUGGAUUGGACAGACCGACAACCCUGGACAACUAACGAGGUGGCCCCAGAUGAGGAAAUGCCAAAGGAUGCUACGAAGAUAAGUGUUGUGAAGGUUGUAGGAAGCAACAUCUCCCAUAAACUCCGUCUCUCCCGGGUCAAGCCUUCUGAUGAGGGUACCUAUGAAUGCCGUGUCAUUGACUUCAGCGAUGAUGCAGGUGCCCGCCACCACCGCGUCAGAGCAUACCUGCAGGUGGUGCCGGAGAGCAGGAUCACCAACAGCAACAGUGAUAACUUUGAGGCUCUGGACGAUACCAAGAGAGGUGUAAGAUUCUUUGACAGGGAGUCUCAUAGCGGCACCAAAGAGCACAGCCAUCACCAGAGUCACGAGCACCACCAGGAUCAUGGCAAGCGGCCUUCGUCAGCCGCCCACCCUGGCCACAGCCAUGGUGACAGCAGUCAGCAACACAAGUCAGGCAAAGAGCUGAGGAAGAGAGACGUGGACAGUAACCACAGCCAGAAUGACUGCACCAACGAGCCAAGCUGUGCGCUGUAAAUACCUGUUGUAGCUGAGCGACAGAUUACAGAAGGAUUGCAUAACAUGAUGUUUGUUACAGCAUUAAAAGCUGCUUUUCCCACAGAGUGCAGGCCGGUAGACAAAAAUCUGAAUCUUUAACCAUGUAUAGUACGGCUUAUUUGGAACAAAGGGAUGUAAGCUCUGCAGGGAAUGUUGCUUUUCUUGCUGUGCAUGAGUCUGGGUUGGACUGGUCAGUGUCUGUAGAGCCUGGCUUCUCAACAUUCAGCAAUGGGAGGGGGCUGAUGUAGAUGUAGGCAGCUCCACUGUUUCUGGUUUCAACACCAACAAAAAAAAAAAAAAAAAAAAAAAAAAAAAAAGACUUUAGUCUUAUUAUUAACCAGUGUUCUGUUCCACUAUUGUACUUUAGAUACUGUAAACGACUCAAUCUUUCAUACUCACACUUACUCCACUGCCUUACUCUGCCAUUUAAAAACAGUCAGAAAAAAGGAAAUGCAGCAUUUUCUAAGUACUCUAACAUCCAUAGAAUAACUUCUUUUUCUUCUGAGACUGCGCUGAUUUAAACUCUGCCUAAUUAUUUCCCUGGAAAUGUUGUCAAGUCUCACUGCUUGGAUUUAUACGUAGACCACAAACUUCAUUGGAUCUUUUUGUGAACUCAUUAAUGGAUAUGAAUAUGAUGCAAAAGCUGUAAUCAACCAAAAAUCAGCAAGUUAUUUCUCCCUGUUUGCUCUCAGGGGAGAGAAACAUGCUUUCUUCAGCUGGAAUUUAUGAAGGUCCCAUAGCAGCAGUGCUCAUCAAGGACAGAUUGAGUCUUCAUUUAUUUCAGGUUGAGUGAGUACACUGGUAGUUUGGAGAGUGUGGGAUUUCAAUACAGAAUUGCAAAUAAUACAGGACACAAACAAAGAACAUUUUUUUUCCCUCACUCUGCUUUUCAGUUCAGAAAAUAUAUUUUUUCACCCCAUUGUGCUGCAAGUUCAAUACAUUUCUAGUUGUUCAGACUGCUGGGAAUCGAUUGCAUUGUUCCAUGUUGGCCUCGUUAGUUUGGAAAGCUGUUGAAAGAUUAAAUCCAUGCUACCAAAUUAAAUUAACAACUGGUUUGGUGUGCCUCUGAAUCAUGACUACGAAUAAAAAGAUGACAUAUGAUGUUGGUAGAAAAUCUACUUUUUGAGAAGAGCAGUGUUGUAUUCAUUUCCUAGCUUGGUUUCUGAUGCUCAGUGGUCAUCUGUUAUAAAAAUAAUAAGCCUCAAUCCCCUCCACUCUAAGCCUCUAAUCCACUCUGUAUAUAAAUCUGUAUAAAAUUAAAUAAACUUAGUGCAUGUUCAGUAAUUUUCUUAAAAAGAUUUUCAACUAAUCAUACACAAAAACAGUAUGUGAGUAUAUUUUUUUGUCAUUUAUGAGUUUGGUUCAUAAAAAAAAAAAAGUUAUAUUACCAUCUGUUCUGAAUCUUUUUCUACUUUAUACGUCUCAACUCAGUCUUUUUUUUCAAAGCCGUUUUCUCUCCAAAAGUGCUGUACAGACAGACGAAUGACAUUCUCUCCAUAGCUGCUCAGAAAGGGGUUUCCCUUAUGUAUCUUAGUACUUGUUCAGUGUUUCUAACACAACUGUAUGUGCAGGGCUGCAGACAGUGUAGUUAUAUUUUAAAGAGCCUGCGACUUGAUUUGAAAAGCUCUGAGAGGCCAUUGUAUUUUUGCCAUUUUCAAGUCUGCGAUAAACUCUUUGCUUAGAUGCUUGUACGAAGCUUAAGCCUUGUCUAUAAAGUUGAUAAGGAGCACACAAUGUGAGGAAAAACUUCACUCUAAGGGAUCAGACAAAGUAAUGGUGUUAACGUGCUACAUAAAGCCUUGAGGGAAGAGGGUAAGAUGUGAGAGGAAGCUGUUAGUAAAACAUUGAAAUCAACUUUCUUUUCUGCUUCACUUUAUAUAGUCGUCAAUCUCAAGGCCAUGAGUGUUUUACCUCUCUGCUGUGUUAUCUGUCAGAGCAACAACAGCCCUUCUGUUACUGCGGGCAAGUCGCUGUAUGCAGCCUGCAAGGUUGAUGUAAUGCACGGUGAGGUGACCAGCCUGACUGGGUUUUCUUUCAACCAGUAACUUUGAUUUAAUGUUUUGUAAAGAAGAGAUCACUGUUGAUGAGGGAAAAAAUGUACAUUUCUGUUAGAAUAUCUGGUCCCACACUAAAUGUAUGCCUUUAUCAAAUGAAAUAAAUUGAAUAUGAAACAACA